AUGAGGCGGCAGAAGCUGUAUUCAAAUGCGGUCCGCCGGCAGAACAAAACCAUGAGUAGGAUUGCCAGUCUACCAGCAAAGGAUGCGGAGAGCAGCCAGAAGAAAGUGUCCAGGAUGAAGGCUUUGGAGUAUGCUAAAACCAUCUCCAAACCUCUGCAGUCUAAAACAAAAGAGAAAAGACAGUUGGACUCUGAUGACCUGACUGAGCCUGCUCCUUGUGUGGAGGGACUGGUCCUCUCCCGGACGACCUCCCUGGAACUCACCUCCCUGGAACUCCUCAGGAAGAGACACGAGGAGGAGAAGCUGGCAGUGGCAAUGUUACGCAAAAUACACAUGGUCUGA